AUGAAGCUGUUUCACGCCUUGGUGUUGCUCAUUUUACCCCUCGCUCGGUUCACAAGGGGGGAAAACCCAAGUGGUGGUAGCGGCGAUGGAAGCAGUGGGGGGGUAGUGUUCCCCCGCGACUUCGAGAAAGACAUGAACGAACUUGACUUAAGCGGCCUCGAGGAAGACAUCGAAGGCAUCGAUGAAGUAGAACACAAGGAUUACUACCAGUACGUGACGCAGUUGUACGUCUACGUUCGCAUAGACAAAAAAUAUAGGACGUUCCGGAACCACCUGCAGCUGAUCCGCCUCGGGGAGAAGUACAUGACUCUGUUGCAAAACGCAAUGAUUAACGUCCAAAUGAAGAAAACUGGAGUUGGGAUCUUCACGUGUUUUUACCAGGACAAAGCCAUGACGGAAAACCUAGUUACGUACUUCCUAAUGCAGAAGGAGGUGGACUUCUUGGAAGUCGGUUUCGACAGGCGCUUCCCAGAGGGAAGAUCUGAACCCAUUGUCGAUGUUGACGAGAGGAUCGAGCCACAGGGGCAAUCAGACGAGGAGUUAUAG